UCUGCACUCGAAGAAGAAUCACUCAGAUCAGGACAGAGAACAUUUGAAUUUUAACGCGGGGACACGUUUGUCAACAAUAUAGAAGAAGAAGAAAGAAGUCAACAAUAUAUUCCUAGAUAUACCACGAGAGCAAAGUGUAACGAAAUAUUUAUUUUUGUCUUAUCAACCAAGUAGUGAAUUCGUACGGCAAGGACCAUGAGCCAGAGCGAGCUGGACGAGUUGACAGAGCACAUCAACAGCAAAUUGUCAAAAGUGAAAAACCUCAUACACCUCAGAGAUAUCGGUAAUGACCCAGAGAAGCAGAAGAUUUUCAGCAGGAUAGCGGAGGAGGUGAUCGGGCUGGCUCCCAUGCUGAAACAGUUUGAGAUACGUGUAGCAGAGGAGAGGGCUUCACUCAAACGCCUGCAGGAACUUCAUGCGCUGGUUGAGGAGGAUUUGCAAGAUGCCAUUCACAUGUCUGAGAACGUCCCCCGCAACCUCCCCCUCCCAGCCACCGCCGCCAGAGAGGAACAGAAGGAGAACGAGGCUCCGUCGGUGAAGGAGCAGCCAGCUGUCGCGGGGCCCAAGAAGAGCCGAAAACCCAUCAAGGAGAUGGAGUUCAUCACCGUACACGAGUUUGACGCCAUACCAGCGUACAUGAAGGGGAGGGUGACGUAUGACCAGUUGAACUCAGCCGUGCGGAGCUUCAACAAGGCCGUGACUGAGAAGUACAAGAUCCUGCACCAGCCUCCACGGUCGCUGAACAACCACUCUCGCAAACUGUACGACCGCUUCAAGGAGAACGAGACCGGCGAGACCAAAGGUCAUUUCUUCGUAGUGGAGGCGGAUCUGCGUGAGUUUGGGGAGGUGACGAUGGACAAGCGCUUCCUGAACCUACUGAGCAUGCUCAGACACUGCCAGCGCAUCAAGGAGCUACGUGGGGGGCGGAUCAUACGCUACCAGCUGCUCUGAACACACACACACACACACACACACACACACACACACACACACACACGCACACACCAGCAGAAGGCACAAUAUGCAAGCGAGGUGCUGUGGACGAUGACUGUUACAAGAUGAUAACGGUCACAUCCUGGCCCCUCCCUCUGUCUCUGUCGCUGUCUCUGUCUGGGACUGUACGUUCUCCCGCCUCCCUUCCUCUGUCUCUGUGUCAUUUUAAAAAUGGCCUUCAUCACCCCUGUGUGUUGUUUUAAAACAGGUGUGGGGAACCUUUUUCAUUCGAAGGGCCACUUCAAAUUCAUCCGAGGACCCUAAACGUCCUCCGAGGGCCAUACUAUGAACACAAACCAGGAUUUUCCCCUUUCACUUUUAUCCUAUAUUGAAGGCAGCCAGCUUUUAAACAAACACCACCUCUAGUUUCCCUGAAUAUAACAUAAUUGUAUUGCUAAUGCAUUUUCCAAGAUUCCUUUACAAAGUAUGUCAUAUUUCAUGUGAAGCUGCAUAGCAUUAAAAUCAUAUCGGGGUCGGAUAAAACGGCGGUCGCAAACGGCCCUCGAGACAUAGGUUCCCCACCCCUGUUUUAAAACAUCCACCCUUCUCUGUCUGUUUACUGCUUCAGAUUUUCCCUCCUCUCCUGUUCUUCUAUUUGCCUUUAUUUGUAUUAUUUUAAAUGUUGUAAAUAAAACCACACAUGUACUGUAAAUAAAGACUCAUAAUGUGCUGGUAUAUUUUAA